GCUCACAGUCCCUCCACGUACCCACAAGAGGCCCAGACGCAGCGGGGCGGGUGCAAGUGCGGGGCGGGGCCUCUGCGUCCGGUCCCAUCUCCAUCUGCAAAAGCAGCAGCUGGCUCCAGGCUCCAAUGCGCCUUCCAGCUGCCUGACUGCCUCUUCGCCUCUCCCGUCCUUUCUUGGCUCGAAAUGGACCCCAACUGCUCCUGCGCCACCGGGGGCUCCUGCUCCUGUGCCAGCUCCCGCAAGUGCAAAGAGUGCAAAUGCACCUCCUGCAAGAAGAAUGUAUGCUGCUGCUCUUGCUGCCCCAUGGGCUGUGCCAAGUGUGCCCAGGGCUGCGUCUGCAAAGGGACGUCAGAGAAGUGCAGCUGCUGUGCCUGAUGUCGGGACAGCCCUGCUCCCAGAUGUAAACAGAGCAACCUGUACAAACCUGGAUUUUUUUUUUCAUACAACCCUGAGCCAUUUGCUACAUUCCUUUUUCUAUUAAAUAUGUAAACAAUAAUAAAACAGUUUUGACUUGA